GUAGGUUUGCGGGCUAAUCAGACGUGUAUCUACGCGUGAAACAGGAAGUGUCGUUCUUCCAGCUGAAACAUGAGAAACUGGUGUACCAUCGCUUCACCGCAUCUUGAUCGUUAGAGGAAAUCUACAAAUGAAUUUAAACGAGGAUGUCAUCCGAUUUAGCGUUAAACUUCGACACUCGUCCACAGUACCCUGAAAUGGACACAGAGACGGGAAACAUGUCUAUCGACCAGGGGGGAGAGUGGGGUAAGCGACGCUCAGAUAGUCUGUAUAUAAAGGAUUUAAAGGAAACAGUAUGAGCUCAAAAUUCAGAUGAAUUUUUCAUAAUUAAAUACGUUUUAUGAGAGAGUUUCUGUCUUUGAUAGACUUAAACUGACACCCGAAGGUAACUUGUGUUUUGUUAGCCCUCAAACUCCUGUAGUUUAGCCUCAGCUAGCGUUAGCUGUCUCUGAUGUUAUGAUGAUGAUGAUGUAACCUGCUCCUCCUGGAUGUCAAGUAAAGAUGCUUGGUGUUUCUGUUUCACAAUGUUUAUGUAGCUGAGCUUUAAUUACUAAAUACUUACUCUAUUUUCUAUGUAAAAGGGUUUUUAAUGAAGUCAAAUUGAAUUUGGCCCAUCUUUUGUUAACCUUUCAAAACUUUCUUUUUACAGUUAUUUGGUUGAAGUGCUUUCCCUAAUUAAUAACGAUAGUUGAAUAUAUAAAUAAGAGUGAUAAAAUAGUUAAGGACAUAAUGAUAAUUUACAGUUAAUAUUUUGUGAUGCUGUAAUAGUAUUAUUGUUAUACAAACAGUAACUAAAAGUAGUAUUACUGAUGAUCAUCAGUAUUAGUAUUAAAUGUAUCACUUGUACUAUUAUUAUAACUGUUGUUGAACAAGUAUUGUCAAGUUUUAUUUUCAGUUUAGUCAGUUGAAGACCCCUUUUUUAAACGUGUUUUUUUACAUCCCUGUUUCAUUUUACUUUUUUAAAUGCCUGUUUUAUGCUAUAGGCUACUUUUAAAUGUGUUGGUUCAAUUUUUGAUUUGCUAGUUCUCCCUCAGAUAUUAUUAUUAUUAUUAUUAUUAUUACUAUUAUAAACUAGAACAACAUAAUUGAGAUUACACAUUACACAAACUUUCCCUUCUUUUUGUGCUGCAUGAUUUUUUUGUAGGAUGGUAGGGGAAGGUCCUGCCCUCCUUUGCUUCUGAUUGGCUAGAAGUGCUGGGCUCCGAUUGGUUAUUCCUUAUUGCUGUGAAAUGUCAUCAUCUGUCAGGUUAGGGUUAGGCUAAGGGAUUAGAGUAAGUGUUAGGAUUAGGAUUAGGAUUAGGGUUAGGGUUGAGGUGAGGGUUAGGGUUGGGGCUAGGUUUAGAGUUAGGGCUAGGGUUGAGGCUAGGGUUAGGGUUAGGGUUAGGAGAUUUAGAAGUGUUCUGUAAUGUUCUGUUCGAUGUACAGAGCCGGCAGCCUGCAUUUGGCUUGAGUGUGUGAUGACGUUUCCAGCUUUUUUAGCCAAUCAGAGGCGAAGAAGGCAGGACUUUUCCCUACCAUCCUACAAAAAAAAAUAUUGCCUCUGGCAUCGAAACUUGGAAUCGAAAUUUUAAAAUUUGAAGGAUUCCUGGAGAAUCGGAAUGUUAGUCCCGGUACCCAUUGAUAAUCGAGACUCGAUGCUCAACCCUAAUGGUUACUACCUCUCUUUCCUGGUGGACUUUUUUUUGACAAUGUUAAUUUCUCUGUAAGCUUUUCAUACCAGUGUGACAUAUCCCAUUCAACACAUGAAGACCUAAUGACUCCUUUUCUUAAACUUUGUAGUGAGCUGGAGACAAUUCUAAGUUGUGUUAUGUGUUAUAUGUCCCUACACAGACAUUAGCUUGUUUGAUGAGCUCGACCAGUUGGGAGAUGCAGACGAGCUGCUUCAGGCCUUGGAGAGUGCUGCUUAUGUGAGUAACUCAUCGUGUCAUUAUGCAAAUCUGAGUCAACUGAAACUUAUGGUCUCACAAGAGAAGAGGGAAACAGGAAUCAAUGACAUCUAAAACAUGUAAAUCAUUCAGAAAAUGUGUAGAGCGUAAGACACAGAAGCAUAAUUAGCCAACUUGAUAGGUCCACAUGUUUUGCAAAAAAAACAUGAGGGAAAAAAUGCUAAUCCUACAAUAAUUGUGUGGGUGUCAGGCACACUGCAGACAAGAGCACGAAUUUAAGCUUUGUACACCUGUUGCAUAUGGUAUACAUCCAAACAGCUCAAAUUGAAGUACACUGUAUUUAAAAAAGGGAUGGAGUAUUCACCGUUUUCUCACAUGUAAUUCUUGAUCAGACUCCGGUCUUGUGUCUGAUCUGCAGCAUGAUCGGGUUCUUUGUUUUAAAAGUGUGUUUUUGGUUUCUCAGGCCACUGAGGGUCCAGACCUGGACUUUGAUAUCGACAUACAACUGUGGACUGACACAAGCAGCACUUGCACAGGUACAGAAACACAAAAGGAUGCGGCUACUGAUUAUUUUCCUAUCAGUCAAUCUAUGGACUGUUUUAAUGAUUAUUCAUUUACUGUAUAAAUUUUGAAGAGGAAAAAAAUGCUUGUCAAACUUCUGCCGUAAUAUUCUUGUAUUUCAUGAAGAAAGUCUGAUCUCAAAUGGAUGAUCCAUUUGAUGUCUAACACUGUAAAGGACUAUUGUCAUAUACAUUUCCUUGGUCUGCUGCAUGCAGCUUCAAGUACUAUUAUUGGACCAGGUACCAUUGAUGACACAUGUAGUAAAAUAACCUAGGAGUUUAAAAAAAAGUUUUAUAUUUUGAAGUAACAUUAUAGAACUUAAAAUCUGUACAUAUAUUACAGAAAAGUUAAAGAAAUUAUGAUCCAAAUUAACUUCGAUGACUUGCAUGUUUUUUGCUUAAUGAUUGAUUUGUAAAGCCUCCUAAGUGUAUAUUUAUGGGACACCGUAGUAAAUGAAUAAAGCAUAUAAAAAGGGUACUAGUGCUCUAGUCAUGUGCUGUUAUCCACUGGGGCUGUAAAUCAAAACCGCCUAUGCUUGAUAAACCUUCAGAUAUAACACAUUUUUCUUUGUCCUUGUGUGUCCAGAUGGCGAGGUGAGCGUGAACUCUCUUUCACCUGCUCACACUUUGAGCUCCGUUCCCUCUCCUUCAUCCGUGGAGGCUCUGUCCCCGUACUCUGUAGUUGUAAGUCACUAUUUUUAAGUCUUUGUCCUUCUCAGUUUUUGUCAUUUGAGUUCCAUUUCCAUUGCAAAUUUCACCCGGGUAGUCGUUUGUGAAGAUUUGUGUGUGUGCCCUUCUUGUCAUCCAGAUGGUGUUCAAACACAGACAGCUGUGACUAGAGACGCACACGUACACAUCCAUACACUUGAGACUCUUAUUAACAGAAGCUUUAAACACCUUGUCUCACUAAUGAUUAGCUGCCCAUCUGAGCUGUGUCCCACCUCCUCGUUAAAUAAAAGGUGCUGACAACUUCAGACACAUUUGCAUAAUUUAGCAGGCAGGUGUGUCAAAAUAGAGACCGGGGUUACAUCUUCGUCUGGUCCAGUCCCCCGUCUGCAGAUGUUUGUUUACUAACUGAAUCACCCCAAAUAAAACCAAGGACACAUUUGUCAUCUAGAGACUUUGAACACUGAUAUGAACUCUUAUUUAUUUAUUUGAUGUGUGUCACUUCACAAAAGCAUAUAGAGUAUGAGUAGUUGGUGGACAGGACAAGUUUAUCGGAGAAGGCUCAUUUUUUUGUGCAGGUUGUUAAUGACUGAUGCAAUACCAGGCAACAAUGUCCUAUAGUGCUGUGUAUAUUUAAGUCGCCUUUGUUUCCCUCUUCAGGAUGAGGCCCUGUCGCCACAGUCACAGCUCUCUCCUGUUUCAGUCUGCUCAGAGUCCAGUGGUUUUUCUGUAAACUCUCCUCCAGCUAAAAAAGCUCAGAAGAAAAGCAGCCAGACCACACGAGGUGAGGCCUUUUUUUUUUCCCCGCUCUUAUCUUUAUUUGCACACCAUGUUCCAAAAACAGGGGAAUUUCUGCAGUGUACUGUGGGGUUUGUGGGCCUCUGAGAUUACAUCAGCCACACAAAGAACAACAUAAGAGGUCUUUUAUUCAGAAAUGAAAACAUAAACAUCUCUUUUAUUUAUAAAAAUGUUCCUUUUUAAGUCUCUGGUUAAUUUUCUUUAAAUUUUUUAUUAUUUCUUUUUCCUCUCUCAUUUCACCUCCUCCCCUCUCCAACACACCAGUGAAACAAGCUCAGCCAAUCAAGAGGCCGAUUCAGAUUGGCCCGAAGAUUUCCAUCCAGCCAAAACCCCUGAUUACAGCUGUGCCGUUUGCUCAUGCGGCAGCCCCCCUGCAAGCCAAGACAAUCAUCAUCCAGCCCUUGCAGACCACCGUGCUGCCUGUGGUCAAAACAUCUCCUGUCAGCAUCCAACCGGCACCCCCUGCAGGUCAGAGCUCACACUGCAUCAAAACUCGACUAAUUUCCUGACACCACUCUUUGUUUGUUGUAUUAAACCAGUACAUUGUCCUUAAAAGGGCAGAACGUUUUCCUUGCCUUUGGAAAUGUUGUUAAUUAUUUAAACAAAGAGACAGAAUGAUUUCAGUAAUGUGGUCAUCUGAUGAAUUUUGGUUGCUGUUCUGCUUAAGAUUUUUUUCUUGAAUUUGGUGUGUUGGCCAGGAGAUGGCGCUGUAAACUCACUUUAGACUUAUUCAGGCGCUUUAAUCUCCAUUUCAUUGGUCUGGUGCUGCUAAUGUUUCAUUAUAAAAUAAAUACUUCAGACAAUAAGAUGUCAUACUUUGCUUUUUAUAUUUUGUGCAACAUCAGGCAUCACAACUGCAUGGCUCAGACAGUCUGUUUAUAACUGACUCUGAAUCCCAAAGAUAUUUAUGUGGUGCUGUGUUUUUAACCCAUUUCGACACAUACGUUGUCAUUAUGAUGUUGUUUUGUGGUUUAGCCUUCUCGUUGUGCCAGUCUGGCCAUCUCUGUGUAUAACAUCAGCAGUACCAGGGCCAGUGUAAACACUUGUGUCAUAGUGUGGGACCUUUUGUGGGUGGAGUACCUGACCUCUGUUGACUUGAAUUUGAGCUUGGAUUCCCUGCAUGUCUGUAUGUCUGUCUGGUUUUAGUCAGUGGACAGAAGCUAGGGGUCAAGACGUCUGAGUUUAGGUCUCCAGAUGGAAGUAAUGUCAAGUCAGUUUUAGGGUCGUUUUAGUUUCGAUCACUUUAUUUAGGUCAUUUAGAUCACUUUAUCAGGGGAGUGAGUACUGUGAUUGAAGCAGAGCCUGGAGAUAUUUACUGAUGAGUCAGUGUUUUAUGUGAAUGUCAAACUUGGGUAGUCAUAGAACAUUUUCAAAGUAAAAGCGAGCUGACAGCUGAUAUUUUUAUGCUUUUUUUUUUCCUUUUCUUUUUGACUUCCCAUACUCAUGAAUUCUUCCCGUAGAUGUAAAGCUUUGGCACCACACAGUCAUUAGCAGGGCUGGCUUACACUUCUACCAAAUGAGCCCUGACAUGUUGUUUAGUAUUAGUGGUGAAAGCUGUCAGGUCAUUUUGAGGGAUGGUUCCUGGCACAGUCUUACCCUGAAAGGCUGGCCACCCUCUCGAAAAGCUCCUGCAUUAACAUGACAUUUUGAGGCUUUGCUGGUGUCUUUCUUCGGUUUUACCAUCCUUACAAUGAAUGUGGUCGCACAUGCAGGUUUACGUGUGCUCAAGCACGUAAACGUUGCACACCUUUUAAGUUUGGAAUGUGGAGUUUUAAGACCACAGGUUGAGAUGGUAAAUGUCUCUUCCACCUGUACUUUUAAAAGAGUCCUUGUAAAGACAAGGGAUUAACGUAGGUCACCGAAGGUAAAAGAGGGGUUUAUGGAUCUGUGUACAUCUGCAGCAGGAGGCUCUUCAGCUGCAGACUAGAAUAUUAGCUCAGAGAUAUAUUUGUCAUAGAAGGCUUAGAAAAAAUGUACAAAAAUAAAAUCACAAUAACAACAAACUGACAGACACACAUAAUCACAGUGUUACAAGUGCCAGCAGACUUAUGGUUAAUUGUUGUUAAUCACACAGUCAAAAUAUGAUUACAGUGCAGCUGAGACCUGCAAUUUUGAAAUCUGUAUUUGUUUCAUUUUAGGACAUCCUGUUGUGCUGUCUCAGCCAAGCCAGGUGCUACAGAUCCAGACACCACAGACCAUCACCAGCAAUGUGGUUGCUAUGCCAGCACUCACUCAGGAGAGGCCCGUCCCUGUUGCUGCUCCCCCAGUAGUCUCUGUCAGCCUUCGUUCCCCUUCCUCAGAUGAUGACGUGAGUCCCUCCCACCGUCUUACCUAUCUUGUCAUAGUAGUAAACUGCAGUGAGGUACAAUCAGAGUGUUACACAAUGCUGAGUCAUGCAAAACAACAAAAAUACAGCUGGAGUACUACAUAACAAAUCGUUUUUAACGGUAAUUAGUUUAUGUACUUUAUCUGUUGAAAUCUACAAAAAUUGAAAUGUAUAUAAAAUGCACGGUAAAACUUGUGCUACCGUAUUUGUCACAUGCAUGGCUGAAUUUUACUAGUUGUUUCUUUUCAGCAGGCGAAAAUCUGCCUCCUCCAACCCUCUGUGCAGCUACUUCUUUUGUGUGUCAUAAUAGCUAAUUUCACACAUAAAUGUUGCCGUUUACACAUCUUGCCUUAUGCAUUGUCAAACACCCAUGUAACCUCAAAAAUCUGUUUUGAUCAGGGCCCUUAAAUGUUUUCAGGACAUUCGUGUUGCCUUGAUUGGUUGCAACCCAGCAUGGACUCGAGGGGACUCCAUCUGGUUUUAUUUGGUUACACUUAAACAAGUGAGAGUCUGUUUACCGAAAGACUCGAGUUAGUAAAAACAGGUACAUACUUGAAAGAAAGAAGUCGUCUGCUCCCCAAUUUGUCUUAAUCGGUACCUGAUCUCACAAACAAAAUGUCAAACACAGGACCUCUGACAUCUCUGUGAAACAUUUGUCUGUGCACACAUGGCUUUAAUUAACACCACUAAAGCUUGUCCAUCAAUUUCUGUCUCUCAGCUGAUGAGGUUUUCUCUUACAUGUUUUCAUUCAGAUCAGUCUCUUGAAGUUAUGGCCUGUUUAUUAGCUAAAGCUUCUUAAAAGUCAAGACAAGUUCAUAUAUUUAUAGCACAGUUGAUAGCCAAAAACAGAAGGAUUUACAGUAUAUUAAAACAGAAGAGACAAAAAAAAGUUUGAACUUGUAAAAGCAGAUCUUUAAAUAAACUGUAUUUUUGAAAUCAAUUCUUUUAAUACAAGAGCAAGCUGAAUACAAAGCUCUGAGAAAACGAGGUCAAGUGGUACACUUUAUUAGUUUCAGUGAGGACGUGGGCAGGAAAAUUCUGAAUAAGCUGCAGCUGUUGGAUAAAUGUUUUGCAGAGACCUGUAAAGACACUGUUACCAUGCUGUAGUUAACUCCAAACAAACCAAUGAACAAGUUUUACAAAAUCUUUGCUUUAUUUUAAAGGUUUCCCUUGGCUGCGUUUUCUUGGACCAGGUUACAUCGUAAACUAUUGUUCUUGUGCGAGGACAUGCUGUUAUGUUUUUGCACGCAGCUUCAGGCUCAUUAAGUUGCAGCUUGGGCGUGCACACGCUCGCUUUUUGGGUCACUGUGAUGUUGUGGUUGCGUUUUUCAUACUAAAUCUGGAUCCAGUCCAUCCUAACUUAUUUUAUUUCUGUAUUUUUUGCAAAUAGUUGACUUUAAUAUCGGCAUGAAAUAUGAUACGUUUUGAGAGGAAGUUUACAACUUUUUAUUUUUAUUUUUGAAGCUGAAUCUAAUUUUCCACUCCAAGGGAAAAGUUGUUUCUCCAUAUGGUGCGUGUCGCUCUGUUCUGGUACAGAGGCAGAGGCAGUACAUCAUGUUUUUGAUGAAUUGAUUAUUUGUUACUCUUGUACUCAAAGAAGAGACACAUCUGUUUGUUCUUUGUCUGAAAGAUUUACAUUAUGUAACUACAGUUCAGACAGUGUAAACGGUGGAUUUCGCUCCCCAAGUGGAUGAAACAGGGCGGGUCUUUCUGUGUGUUGCAUUCAAAGGUGAUGUCAGGACAGCUGCAGUAAACACAAGACACAUGAACAAACACACAAAUCCAACUCAAACGCUGCCCAUUUCAAGCACGUCACUCAUUUCUCUCAGAUCUGUGUAAUGGCAGCAGCACAAGACAGUAUAGAGAUUUAAGGGAUUAUCAUGAGAUGCUUUUAAUUGCAUUAGGGACUUCCCCGGAGAUUUAUAGUUAAUAAAAAACUCUCUUAAAGAAGGUUUAGUGAGUGCCGUAAGCUUGUGGUAUCUCAAUAAAUGCUCCCCGUCUUUCGGUUUUGAGUAGGAGAGUCUAAUGUUCUUGUGAAGACCUGGGGCCAGUUUGUUGGCCUUUGUUUCUGAUUCUCUUUUGUUUGUUGCUUGAGCAAACUGUAAACGCCUCCACUGCAGAGUCAGCGAUGCCGUGACUUUCAGCAACUUCACUGUUAGUACAGGCAUGAGUGCCCUGUAUAACACUUUCCUGUGGCUUGCCGUUUUUUGACCUUCAGUGAGUUGGGAAACGUGUUCUCAAUCUCUGUCUUCUCAUCUGUUUUGUCUUGUUCUUAAGAGCAGGACUUCCAUCUUAAUAGUGUUUCCCAUGUGACAUGUAGCUCCCAUUUACGUGGCAGGGAAGUCACAGAGACACAUUGUGUUUGUAGAGAAGCUUUUUUUUUUUUUAAAUCAGAAAAAAAACAUGUGUGUCACAUUUGUGGGUUGUUCCAAAUCAUCUGCAGUGAUUUUUGUGGUGACAACAUGAAGACAUGGCAAAAUGAUUCCAGUUUAUUCUCAUUAUCCUCAUCAUAAAGUCAUUUAAUUACUUGUGCAGCCUUUGGGACAUGAACCUUUUGAAUAUCGGUCAUGACAUAAUUGUCACAAUGUUCUGUUUUCACCAUCUACAGGCCUCUUUAUAGAUGUAAACUUCUAAUAAACAGUACUGGUGGUUGUUUUUUUAUCAUUGCUUAUAUUCAGGAUGGGAAUCACUGGGUAAAUCACAGCACUGUACAAUACUCACACCCAUAAUAUUGAGUUUUAAUGAUUUUAUUAUAAAUUAGGGCUGGGUGAUAUGGCCUCAAAUCAAUAUCACGAUAUAUUGAGCAGUUCACCCCAAUAAAGAUAUCGCUCACCCCCUUCCACAUUAACUUCAUCCACUUCAGCCACCGCUCCAGCCGCUACAACUUUUGAACUGUCCUCCAUCUCCUCACCCGUAUUUCCCUCUUUGUUAUGGAUCAGAUGGGGUGGAGUCACCAUCUGACGUAGGACAGCGACUUAAAGGGACAUGAGACCAUAGCCUACCUAAACACAUCCAAAGCCAACUUUUUUAAAAUAAAUUUUUUUGACACCUAAUUUGACCUGAGCAAAAUAAUGUCUGUUAUUGUCGUAAAUUUCGUUAUUGGUAAAUUUUUGGUUUAUUGCCCAGCCCUAUUAUAAAAAAAAAGAACAUCUGCACUUGAUUAAGCACGAUAAGAACCAACUGUGUCAUCAGAGAGCAUGUUUGAGGAAAAUAAUUGACUAUAUUUUAAUGCUCUAAUUUGACCCAGGUUCUGCUAUGAUGGAGAAAGGAGGCUUUGAAAGCUGUACUGCAGCCAGCCACAGGGGGAGCUCUAAAGGUUUUGGCUUUGCUUCAGGGGAACUGUUGUUUUGUUCAUAAAAUUUAAGUUUAUGGUUGGCCUAGAAAAGAUUUUGCUAAGGACCUCUUCCUGUUGUCAAGGAGACAGAAAUUCAUUUUCCAGAAUUAAAAACUAAACAACCACAGUACUCAGCCAUUUGUAAAUCUAACCAUAUCAAUAAAAGUUUACGGUAGCCUAUUAUAUUUGUUAAAUAGGUGAUCAAGGUGGGGGAACUCUAUGCAAUAAUUGUACGAGGGGAAUAAGUCUGCUUUUGUUUUGGAGCUGUGAGCGCCAUAAUUGUGGGAUGUUCUCACAGCAUUUACAGAGGGAAAUAUCCACUCAUAUUGCCAAAACUGGGUGUUGGUAUAAUAACUUAAAAUGACACUAAAUGAGUUUUAUGUUACGAAAGCCACAAGGAAUAAUUAUACUGUCAGUUAUGGUUAAUGUUGGUACAUGGUAAUAAAGUUAGGGACUCUAACUUACACAGCAAUAACCACGUUAAGCUAGCUCUCCACAGCUACCAUUGGCUUACAUUGGCCACUACUAGCUACAGGUCAUAACAGGCCGUGAUCAGCUGCAGCAGUGAAACACCUUGGGCUAAUAAAGGGUGUGUGUGUGUGUGUGUGUUUCAGUGGUUAAACAUUUAACUUCUGGUCUCUAGGAGAAAUAAUGUUCAAUAUUCCUCAAGAGUUACAAAGUUUGGCUUUAAAUACACUUUAGUGUUGUUUCCUCGGCCCACCAAGAAGCUUAUGGACCGUGUCAUACUGUGUUAGCGUGUGUGCUUGCAUUAAUGCGUGUUAGUGCUGAGACCGGCUGCAGCUGUGUUACUUUAUAACCUCACUGUGGUUUGGCUGCAGCACAGUGCUGGACUUGGUGGGCUGUGUAAAAAGGCCUGUGAAAGAUGGCAUGCUAGGGCCAGGUGUUACUACUACAUGUUGCAUCUACACUGGUCUGUGUGUGCCUAUAUGUGUGUGUGUGUGUGUGUGUGUGUGUGUGUGUGUAUGUGUGUUCAUGUUUUUCACAGAUCUGUCUGUAUGUUGGGUUACAGUUGGACCAUGUAAGCCUGGGCGUUAAACGGCUGCUAACGAUUACAUGCUUCAGACAGGUGCUGUGCAGGAUGAAGCUUUUGCGACAGCUGUAAACAGCCAUCAGGGAUUGGCUCACUGUAAUGUAAUGAGCUCUUACACAGCCUGGGAUUUAGCUCUUUGUGUGCGUGUGUGUGUGUGUGUGUGCGUGUGUGUGUGUGUGUGUGUGUGUGUGUGUGUGUGUGUGUGUGUGUGUGUGUGUGUGUGUUUGUGCUUUUUGUCGUGGACUGAAACACAUUUAAACUAUAAUCGCAGGUCUGAAUAAACACCUCCACUGAUAAGUUCAGAGGAUUGUUAGAGUAUAGCUAAAUGGAUUUGAGUCUCCUCUCUAUCAGUACGGAGGAUGAUGCUUUUAGCCGCUAAACUUUUUGUAAUCCAGUCUCUGCCUUUGUUAUUUUAGAUGAAUUAAAGCUCAUGUGAAGAACUUUCAGUUUGAAUCAAUUCUGGUGCCCCCUGUAGACAAAGCAGUCUGUGCAUAUCUCGUCCUCCAAAUAUGCUGAAGUGGUGUCUUUUGGCAACAGUUCCCAGACUGUUGACGUUUGACUGUCACAAUUAUACGUUUUUAUGAGUAUUUUAAAAAUGUGCCUGUUUUUUUUAGCUGCUUGGCCAACAACUACCCUCUCACACUGGUUUCACACAUUAAAAAUGACAACAUUUAUUUUGCCUAUCUUGUCCCUCUUGGUCUUGUUUGCUUUUGGACAUCAUGAAAAGGCAUCAGUGUGAAUUUCAGUUUAUUUCUCAAACAUCCAAAAACUCCCAAUGAACUUUACUUGAGGGAAAAAAACACUUUGAGAAAAUUUGUCAGGCUAAAAAAAUCUUCACAGCUUUGUGAAACAGACAUCACAUCAUUUAGUUUUCCUCUAGUUUGACUCAUUGUUUUGUCUCAUUAGUCGACACACACGAUUGCGGGGAUCUUUCAUUAUGUUAGAAUUAAAAUUACAUUGGAUCUUGUGCAACACAAGCCUGUUAAAGUUCAGCCGUUGUUGAAACAAUCCAUCAUAUGAUGUGUUGAAAAUCUGUUGAAUAUAACUACUCUCUUACAUUGAAGUUCAUGCACCUCCCAAUAAACACAUUUUCAUAAGCAAAAUCAGCUUUUUUUAGAACACAAUACAGCAGAAAACAUUUUUUACAACAAACAAAACACUGAAUUUGGGAUUUUCAAGCAUCCUUAGACACACCAGCUUCUCUGUCAACAGUCUCCUCAGUGCCCCUCAACAGCCCCAGUAAACCACUCUGAUGGUUUUAAAAUGGAGAUUUAAGGAGCUAGAGUGCCUGGAGUGUAAAUUUCCACGCAAAACAGCCCUUACAAUUCACCAUCACAGCUUCACAGUUAUUUCACCUGUGGAACGCAUGCCGCAGUCAGAGGUGUUUAUGAGCGACACUUAAAUGAGGACACGUUUUCACCCGACCUUGUAAAACUCCCCUCCCAUUUGGAGAGGUUAAUGGUUCAUCACACACUUCCUCCUUGGAGUAACCCUUUGACUACCCUCUCAACAUCAGUGUGACGGUGAGGCAUGCUGGGAUCUGUUGGCCUCUUGUUUAUAGGUUUAGAGCGUAGUAUUGAGCAGCAUAUGCAUAAGUGUGUUGAAAGUAAUUAUAGAAUGCAAAAGUCUUCCUUAUUUAGUUAACUUAAAGAAACGUGUAGAUAAGCACAGAAUGGACAAACAAGUGUGAGUGAGACAGACAUGUUUUUGUAUUUUGUGAGCAGCCAGUGAAAAUGCAGCAGAUGCAAGAAAGAGAUGAAAGUGGUUGCUCAAAGAAACUGUGUUGAAAGAUGUUUUGAUGGUACAAACUUGACAAAAAUAAGGUCAAACUAUUGUUGCGCUGCGGAGUUGCAAAGAGUGAGAAAGGGGGAGUUCUCAGUCAAUCGAGGAUCUGAUAGAUCUCACAACAUAAUUCCUUUUAAACACACGGCACCUUUAGCUAGCUGGGGUUGUGCAGCAUGGUUAAAAGGGACUUAGGUUAUGGGCACAACCUUUGCAGGGUUCUUUUUAUUGGGGACUUUUCCCACCAUCACAGAUUAGAGUGAGGCUUAUUAGGAAAAGCCAUUCUGCCAGAUUUUGCCCCUCGCCCUACAUUUCCUGCCUCAUCCUGGUAGUGAUGCUGAGUUCCCCCUGCUCUCCACUCCCUGGUAACUGCUUACAUGCAGCGUUCCCAGGCUCAGACUAGUGGCACGGCUCCCAGAUCUGAAUCUGGGAGACAGAGGGGUUUCUCAGGAGACAGAACACAAAUACAGGGAUCCAAAUAACUUAAUCACCAGCGGGGCGAUUAGGACUAGAAGCUCAGGGGCUUACCCAAGGGGAGGGUGUUGGUGUUUGGGUGGUAGAGGGGAAAUUGGUGACUGGUUAGUCAGUGAAGGUGUUUGGAUGAUCACCUCCGCCAAGGGUCAUGUUGGGAUACAUGCUGUUUAGGUUUGUGUGUAAGGUUUUGUUUUCAGCUUUGGUUUUCCUUCCUGUAAACAAACUUUAAACUUCCUCUUACUUGUUUAUUUUUUCAUGUCAUGUUUAUUUUUACUCACGUAUUAUCACAUUUUUAUGUUUGCUUGUCUCCUAGGAGUUUAAGACAAUCUUUUUUUUGGGACAAAGCCACACAAUGUAGAUGAAAAAACAACUGAAUAUUGUCUCUUUAUUUUUAAAGUAACUUGAGUGUUAUAAGUCAGUAAUUGCAGCAAUUUUGACCAACUUGCUGAACAAGUAUUUUCUUUCCUUCAGACCUAAAGUAUAUAUAGUGUGUCUGUGUUUAUGUGUCCCAGAGGUGAGCCUCAAAGAGUGACACCCUCUGUAAACACAUAUAGAACAGAGGCAUUGCAGGAGACUUUUUAACCUUUCAGAGGAUGUCAGUGUAAAUAUUUUCCGAGCGUGCGCUUAAUCUUUUGCACUUUACGGCUCUUUCGGGGGCCAUGACAGAGCCCUGAUUUCUUGCAGAGAUGUCAUCAACCUUGCAACACAUCUUGAACAUUUCCAUGUAUUAUUCCAUCACUGCAGUAAAAUGAAACAUCAGCAGGGCUUGUUUUCCGCCCAAGAAUAACACAGUCGACCCCGUCUUUCAUGUCAGUGCCUCCACCCCCUCUUUUGUUUACUUUCUCACCAUGUUGUCAGUCUUUUUACUCUCUCAUGCCAGUGUUCCCCCCUCUCCAAACUUCUCCUACCCCCCCACCACCACCUCCAACUUCUUGUAAGAAUUUUCUUCAAUUUGCCUUGUAAACCCUCGGUGAGAAUGAGCGGGUAUUGGUGCAAACUGACAGAGCAGAUGUUAGAGCUUCUGCAUGCAAACAUACAACCCUAAAAAUUGACUUCACUAUCUGUCUUCACAUGCUUACUGCUCUUCUCACUUGACAUCCUCUCGAGACUUGUUUGGGAUAUCUCGUGAAGAGAAAGAUGGCUUAUGUAAGGGGUCUGUUUUUAACUCAGUGACCCAGAGAGCUGUGACAAAUAUGGUGUCACACUGGUGAAAUACAGCCCAACAGGUGGCUCAUACAGGCAUUUUAAUGCAUUCUUGAAAUAACCAGCUUUCUUAUAAAUGGUUGAGUCCAUGUAUGCUUAUGAUGUGAUAUAAUAGGAGUAAGAAGAAGACUCGUUCAAUAUGGGACGAAUAUGUAUAUGCCUGCAGAAUUCCAUAGUCUAACAUUGCAAUGAUAAUAUAUGAUUAUUUGAGUAUAUAUGAAUAUUUGCGUACAUAAUAGUAGUAACUCUUUUUUUGUUUAUCUGUCUAAAUAAUAAUAAAAAAAAAUAACAUCUCUAAAUUUCUCCCAGUUAACCUGCUCGCAGCUAGAUGUAGCUUCAUAUGACUGAAAGCAUUACUAGCAAACUUUUUUUCCUCUUUUCUUUGACUGCAGUUGUCACUAAUUGUGCAGAAAUAGUAAUAACCAGUAUCUAAUUUCCUAAUUUGUACAUGUUUUUUGUUUCUGUUCUCUUCUCCCUCCAGUCAAAGAUGUCUCAGAGGCAGCAGCGCAUGAUCAAGAACCGGGAGUCAGCGUCCCUGUCUCGCAAAAAGAAGAAAGAGUAUCUGCUCUCUCUGGAAGCUCGUUUAAAACUGGCGUUGUCUGAGAACGAGGCGCUGAAGUGUGAGAAUGGCAACCUCAAGAGGCAGCUGGAGGGCCUGCUGAGUGAGGUGAGAGGCUUCAGCUCUGCUUUUACUUCCACACAGGCCUACACUUAUAUGCAUGCCAGUACAUGGCAACAGAUGAGAUUUGCUUGUGUUUCUUCUUACAUGAUCCAUAUGUUUGCCUGCAGAACAAAGUACUGACUGUGACGGCCCCCAAGAGGAGAGCUGUGUGUCUCAUGGUGGUGUUGGUGUUUCUCAUGCUGAAUGUUGGACCAAUGAGGUGAGCGUGAACCAGUCGUUGAAAUGAUUAUUUGUCCUUUAUGUAAACAUUUUUUCUGAGUUUAGAGUGGCAGAUACAAAGUUCAAGAUUUAGAAAGAUUAGCUGCAGCAUACUGUGGAUGCAGAAGAGUUUGAUUACCAGAGGAAAUCAAAUGGGAAGCCCCGUGACUCACAGUGGGAAUUACAUCUCUCAUGACAUUAAACUAAAACAUUUAUUGAAAACAGCGAGGAGAGUUUCUCAUUAAAGCAACAUGUUCACACAAACCGAUUUUCACAGUCAAAAGAAAUGACUAUAUAAGUUAGAAAAUCUACACCCUGCUAAUGUUUGAUAAAUAUUUAAAAUUAGAUAAACUCCAUUGUUUUUCUUUUUUCAAACCUGUUAGAUUUAAUUCGCCAAAAUCAAUACACUUCUUCUUCACAGUCCAGAAGAGCGAAGUCGAGUAAUGCUCAUGCUGGACAAUUUGAUCCAUUUUGAAAACGGUCUAGUUGGUCAAGAAAGCGAUAAUUAAUGGUUCAUCCCCGCCAACUGGCUCUCCUGUGUAUUUUCCAUUCCUCUGUUAUUGUUUCCAGAGUUUAUAGAACUUUGUGACUAAUGGGCGAAAAAGCCUCGAAAUACCCUGCUGCAUAGUGAGAAAAGUAAACAUUUAUUACUGUGAGAAAAAAAAAGACAUUACAGGCAACAAAAGAAGUACAACGCCUUUACUUAUGGAGGUUUUCUCUUAUCAGCGCUUGUUAUAUUAUCAGUGCUGACAAAUUCAGAGGAGUUACAUAAAUCUACACCAGGGAGAAAGAGCUCCAAUUCCACCCAGUCACCAGAUGGUGAGGUUGUGUAACUCCGCAAACCCAAGCUCACAGCCCAUCGCCAAAUGUUAACGAUGAAUUUGCUGUUCUCAUGGUAUAAAAAUGUUUGUUUUCUCCAGGGAAAAAAAAAAGUUUCUCAACAAAGAUGUGAGCUUCAAUUUGUCUGACGUGCUGAUUUUAAAACGUCUGUCUGCACUCUUUGCUGGGAAUAUGUUUUUUUGAUUGUUCUCAAGAGCUUAAAAGGGAAAAAGGUUCUAGGGACUCAUGCAACUCUAAGUGAAGUCUGAGUAUGUCUGUACCUGUGUUCGCAUCUGUGUGUUUUGUGUUAGGACUCCCCUCUGGAAUGUAAAAUAUGCCUGCUUUGAGGUCAGAUCCCUUUGAAAUGAAAAUGCCACCCAGUGUAGUAAUACCAUUGAAGGAGACUGUGUGUGUUUUUGCUUGUGUGUGCCCCACAAUGCUUUGGGUUAUGCAGUCUGGAUCAGAGUUCAGAUUCUGCUUGUUGCUAGAAACAGGGACCCCUUCUGUGCGCAGGAAGUGGCCCUACUUGGAAUUUGGCGGUCAUUUCAGUCCAGUACCCCAGCCUUCUUCUAAGUUUGUUUCCUACAUCCUAAGAGUCCUAAUUUGACCUUUCCUUAUCCCUCUCCUGGUUUAUCAGUCUGUUUCAGGGUGGCUCCAAACCUGAGGUCUAUACUGCACAACACAGCGGCAGACACCUGUUGGACUUCUCCCCAGACGACCAAACUGGCUUUGUGAUGGGCCCCGAUUCCCUCCACAGCGGCCCCUCGGAGGUUGCCGACAGGUAAUGAUCUCAACCCCCUACCCCUGAACGCUAUUCACAACACUGCGGACCAGGAUGCACCUGCAACGGGGCUCGGCCUGAACUGGUACAGCUCAUUACGGCACGUGUAAACAUGCCUGCCAGACGGUUACCAACUCAGCCCAAGCGUCUGCCUCCGGGCUGGGCUGGUUACCCGGCUGUUGUGCUUUAAGUAACAAAGUAGGAAAUUGCAGUCUGGUUUCGUUUGACGUCUCGCCUCACCUGACUGGUAACAGUUAUUUUUUUGAAAGGGUUAUAUAUUUUUCUUUGGUUUUGAAAUGCACAAGAGGCCCAGCAGACUCAUUUGUAAAUUGUAUAAAUAACAGUCUUGUUUGGUACAUUAGCUGCACCCUCAUGUCCUGAAGGUGAUGUUUUUCAAGGUGGUCAGUUGGUCUUAACGUCUGCAUGGCACUACCAGUCUGUGUUUUGUCAGAUCUCUGUGUAGGGUAUGUUACAUGUUAAUGCAAACCAUUCAGCCGGGGUAUCAGGUUUCCCAGCAGCAUUAACCUAGCGCAUGCAGGAAGGAACACAUUAGCCUUUACUAAAGGGGUGACAGCACUAGAGAAGCAGAGAGGGGGACGAUGGGGGAGAAUAUGCAACCUAAUCUUGGGGUCCUGCUGAACAGGAAGGUGUGCGCACUGGAAGGUUAAUACAGGCCCCUCAGUCAGAGUUAUAAUCAGGCCUUCGUGGUCUGACAUGUUGUCUCGCUGAAGCAUUUCCAGAGCAUUUAGAGACAGGAACGCGGGGCUCAGACCAAGUGUUGGCCCUGAUGAGGGGGGCCCUGGGGAGGUAUUAUGUCGGUGGCAGACGUUUAGGUAACAAGGCCUCUGCAGGUGGGCACCGACUGUGUGGACAGUCUACAUCAUCGCCUCGAUCAACAUAAUCAUUCAUUCACUGAGGCGAUUUAAGUCCUGGUUAUGUUAAAGGAGGACAGCCAAGUCUUACAAUGUCGAUCUCUGUUCCUUCUGUAAUGUACCGAUCUUAACUUCUAGUUGUUGUUUUCAGACGGCGUUAUCCAUCAUCAGACUGAGCGUUUUUAACCCUGCACUUCUUCUCAACAUUCAUGCGGAUGUUUUAAAAACUUUUCUUGCCUACGAUCGGCCACCGAGUCUCUGCCACCUCAGCACACGUCAGGUUUUAAGCAUCUGAAUCAAUAAAAGUCAUAAGUCAGCAAUAAAUUCAGCACACUGAAGCCGUGGAGCCAGUUGUUCCUUCCUGUUUCUCGGUCCGAUCAAGCCGUUUCACCUCCGUCUGAGGGCACACGGCCAUGUUGGCUUUCAAUUUGCAUUCAAAGCAUUUUCUCAACAUGUGGGGAAAACUCCUCACAGAUUGUUACUAUGAAGUUCUUACUUUGAUUUAAGGGCAUCAGAGACACCUCGUAAAGUACUUCUUUUUCUUCCUUUAACACCUUCUGUUUGCGUUGUAGCUCUGAAGACAAAGCCCUGAUGGUGGUGAAAGAUCCCGUCUUCCUCAGACCACCUCCUCCCUGCCAGCCUCCUGUAAACAGGACCAAGUGCUUAGAGUAAGUCAAAAAAAAUCUUUUUACACGUUAAGGCUCACGUUUCUAAAUCACUCAGAACCGCCAUGUGUAAAAUCCGUGGACAUGUUGAUUGGCAGGUUGGCACACGAGUUGAGGGGUUGGGUCCACCGUCAUGAAGUGCAGCAGACCAAAACCAGGCGCAUGAGUAACAGCAACCACAAACCCACCAGGACCAUUCUGGUAAGUCACACUUUAAGGGGAAAGAAAAACACAUUCAGUGGUGCAUGAACAAAUCAAACAGAUUCCAGUGUUUCGAACAAACUUUGCAAAGUGAAGUUACAUUUUAAGCAUUAUUCCAUCACCAUUGGUUUUAUUUUCAGCGAACCAAAGCCUCCCUUUCACCACUGUUCAACCCCGAGCCUCCCCUACACACACACACACCUUCUUUUUUUUCUUUAUUGGGCUGACUUUAAUCCUGCAGCCCUGAGAAAGUAAACACAACACUUAGAGGGGGAGCUGUAGGAUUAGUGCCCCCUGCUCCUAUUUUUCCAUCAUUCUUCUGAAAUCUGUUGCAGAUAGUCUAAUCCAUUCAGAGCUGUUGAGUUUGUAUAAACCUGUUACUCACUUUACUGUAAAUAAAAACCUGAAUGUGUUCAUAACUCAUGAGCAUGUAGCUGUUUUAUUGUUACAAGCUCAUAAACUAGCAGGCUGUGUAGAGCGUGUGUGUGUGUGUGUGUAUGGAAAUGUUUUGAAUGAAGACUGUGUUUGACUGUGUUUAUCCGGCCCUCUCUAAUGGUUUGUUGAGUUAGAUAUAAAAGAUUGUACAUAAUUCUGUCUCGUUUUUGCUAACAGAAAACGGAGAGUAAAGAGGCGCAGAGUGCACAGAUUGUGACGGUCCAAUACACCGAUACUACAGGACAAAAGUGAGUAAAGACCUGAUUCGGUGUGUGUGUGUGUAGCUGAUUCAACAACUCAAACCAUUUUCAGGUUUCACUGCUUUUCUGACAAACAAUUCUCAUUUGAUUCAGCAUUUUUUGCCAUGCCAACACAUACGGUAGAUAAGAGAGAGCAAAAUAUACAGCAAUUACAUCUUGUGUGGUAAGCCAAAGCUGUGCUGUAAACUCAAGCAGCAUGCUGUAUUCUGUAGAGCUGCAGACAGGGGUGUUUAUUGGCUGGAUCAAAGAGUAAACUGUAUAAAAAAACUUCAGACACAACACACUGGUACGUUUUAUUGUGAUAGAGUUGUAUUUGACCACAGUGGGUUUUUAAAUGAUGCCGCAACUGGAUUUACAUUUUGAUUUUGUUACAUUUCUGGCGUUCGCCUCCCCUCAUAAACCGAGCGAUUUAUGAUACGAAAGUUUUAAAGCGCUGACCCUUGUACACUUUUCCAGUGAUUUGGCAGUAAAUAAGAACCUUUCCUGCUGGAGAAGUCCAGCUCAGACAGAUGAAGUUGAUAGUUCUUGGCCACCUGUGGCUUUUCUUUUUGAAUAGUAUAUCUACAAAUGUCAAAAGAGGAAAAAUCGCUUUCAGCAGUGACUGCAAAACCUUAAAAAUGGAUGGAUGAGGUUGAGUGAAGACAGAAAAUGCAAACACUAAAAACGGUGUUUCUUCUUCUGUACACUGUGUUUGCUUUCUCUAUAUGAGAAAUCAGGAAGGCAAGCCACUGUAGGAGCUGCAGUGAUUGAAGAUCCUGAUUAUUGUUAAUUUUUUGGCUAAGUAUAAAACAACCAUGGGUUUGGUUGUACAACAAAACAUACUAGUAUACAUAUCACAAUUCCCUACCGUUCAAGGUGCGAUCACUGUGAUGGAAAUUACAAAAAAAGCAAAACCUCUCAUAUUGAGGAUGAUUACAUAUUUAAUAUACAGUACAUUGAGGUCUAUUAUGUUUUUUUACCCUAGUUGCAAAUUUAUUGGCUUUGAUUUCCAGCCUGAUGAAAAAAUAAUGGACACCACCUAAGUUGAUUUUCAUCUAUUGGCUGUGUGCACAAAUCUGAUUGGUUGUUUAAUGAUUCUGAUGACUGAGUAAUUACUCCUUUCAACGAGGCAGAAAGCUUAGCAUGUACCAGUGGUUAGAUAAUGAUCUUAAUAAAUCAUAUCAUUUGAAAAAACAUAUUUUACCUUCAUUAAAAUUGCCAAGUAAAGCUUGACAUUGUGAUUAAUUGCAUCAGUGUAAUUUUCUGAAAUUUUAUUUUCUGUUUUACACACAUAUGUGCAAAAUGAGAAAAAAAAAGUCAAUAUACCAACGGUACGCAGACAGAACUUCCCAAGUACCCCCCCCCAAAAAAAAAAAUAAGAUAAAAAAAUAAAUAAAAGAAAGGUCAGUGUAUAAAUCAUGACAGAUUACUGACUUAGAUACUUGGUGUAAGAGACAAUCGAGAAUGGUCUAAUCAGUGUAAGUUUUGAAAGAAAAGUUAAUUCUGACUUUUGGCUGAUUUCUCUCCAUUUUUGAUUUAUUGGCAUCCCUUUGAUUUCCUGCUUUUUUCCUUUGACAGAAAUUCUGGCAGUGAGCUACAGGUGUACUACGCACCCUAUCACACCUACAGCGACUUCUUCGAUGAGAUCAAUCGUCGUGGCGACACAUUUUACGUCGUGUCUUUCCGCAGGGUAAGUUUCUUCUUGGCUCGCACUGAUUUGACAGGAGGAAAAAAUGAGCAAUUACUUCCACUCGGUCUCUUACACAGCGCUUAAACCAAUUAGGUAGGGUGAAAUCGGGAGGUACAUCAAUAAAAUAACUCACAGCUAAUCACUGAUCAGUUUGUUAAUAUCUGUUGCAAGUGUUCCUCCUCCCAAAUGAGUCAUAAAAGCAACAAGUUAUUGAUAGAGUAACUUAAGAGUCUUUGGUUAUGUGUAAUAGGUCUGUGCAUCAACAGAAAGUCUUAAUUUGAGAGAAAAAUUGAGGGUGGGGGAGGGGGGUGAAACACACACACAACAGGGUGUAACUGCGCUGGUUUAUUCCAGUUUCUUCAGUCCACUCACACUCAAAGACUGUGUUUUAGAUUUGCAGGCACAACCUUAUGUCAGUGUUGAUCAAUGAUUCCUCUUUUCAUUUGAAAGUGGUUCUCCCUGUUUAAGCCCCCGAGCCUGUUUUUAAUUUUCUCUCCUGAUACGAUUAAUCCUUCACAUCAUGUUUCAUCAGACUUCUGUAGAUUAUUUCGGGUUUGUUUCUUUGACUGAUGUUUCUUAUUAGAAAAAUAAAAUUAAAAAAAAAAAAAAAAAGUUUUUGGCCCCACUCUGACAUCCAUUCGUUCUUAAGUACCAACCAAACCAACUAAAAAGCAAAAAAAGUUUUUACUGCCGCUGUACCCUGAAAACAAAUGAAUGUUUUUUUCUUCGCUAUCAAAAGACUGAUUCAUUCUCUCCACCUCUGAACACUCAGAGGAUGUGAAGCUCUUAAAUCCUCAAAAUCACUCAGAGGGGCGGGACUUUUGAAGCACGCAGUCAAAGAUCAAGACCUCUCGUCUCCAAGCGAUUCACAGAGGGUUUUGGUGUGAGUUGUCAUGGUGACAGCAGGGACAAUGCUAACAAUGGUGGUGCCAAGUGGAGGGCCUCUCCAGGUCAAGUGGCAGUUGUUCAGUUUGAAGCCGCUUUGAGCUGCAUGAGCAGAGCCAGGGUUAUCGUCGAUCCAAAAUACAAGUUUAAUGAUUUACUAAUCAAAAACAACUGGUAAACAAAGUCUAGAAUAGCACAGUCAACAAAAUGGAAAAUGUCAGCUCAAGAGACAAAUAUUUUGGUUUUAAAAAAUCUGUGUAUAUUUGCGCCUCAAAUUUUCAUCCUCAAAUUACAUUUAAAAAAAUGUUACAAUAGCAGUCCACCUGAAAAACAUAGAAUAUAAUCAGCAAAUGAACAGAUGAAACAAAGACAAGUGAAGGAAAAUCAACUUUAAAUAUUUCUCUAAAAAGUCAAAAUAACAAACGCCUUUUUCGUCUUUGGCUGUACUUCAUUCUCUGGUACAUUUUGUGAUCUCUUGAGCUCUGGCAUUGAAAACAAGGCAAUGAACGCUUCCUUUAGAGUCUUUUUGACUGGCUGGAUUUUUCCCUCCACAUCUCAUCAAAUCUUUUUGUGUGACAGUUUGCCAGGUGGCUUCUCGUGUUUUCCCUGACGUGUAGUCUGGCAGUCUCAGCAUUUGUUUUUUUGAUCAUGUGUCACUUUUCCUUCUUUCCCAUUUUUUGUCAAGAAGAAACUGAAAGCCUCCGGACAUCAAAUUCAAAUUUUUUGUUUUUCAUUUUUUAAAUUUGUUUCUUUUGACUUUCAAAUACAGUCUACUAUCUCAAAGGACAAAAUAUCUGCAUUAAAACUAUAUUUUUAUGAAUAUUAAAUGAAGACUUUUUUUUUUACAUUCAGUCAGCUUUAGUCUUUUUUUACAAAUCCUAAAUAUAAAUUCAUUUGUACAAUUCAAAACCUCAAAAUGGUACUUGUGAACAGAAUACCAUUGAUAUUUUUAUGGGGGACUAAAACUAAAACUCUCUAAACAGGGAGUCUAUAAUUGAGCAGGAACUUUUUCAUCCUAACACAGUUGAGUAUCACUUUUGAGAUUUAGCAGACACAACAGGCACACUGUUGUUAAACUAGAUUUGUAAAAAAAAAAAUUAAAUGGCACACCUCAGCAUGCCUACUAGAGGGUGAAUAAGGACAGAGAUACGAAAACAACAAUCGAGAAAAAGUCCUCUGUGAUUCAUAACAACUAAUAGUGUAGGACUGUAACUAACACCAAUUGUCUAAUUUGAUGAAUUGGCUGUUUGGUCUUUGAAUGCCAGGAAAUAGUGGAAAAUUCCCUUUAAAAUGUCAAAUCCUCUGUUUUCUUCCUGGCCUUCUCUCUUUUUUUUUCACUGUGACCUUUUUAAAUCUUAUAGAACCUUUUUUUAGUUUUUCUCAGUGGCUUUAUUUGCUUGUAUUUUGUUUCCUGGGUUUCAGGGUGUCUCUGUGUGUGGAAAUCGUGCACUUUUUUUGUGUUUCUUUUUGUUCCAUCAGUAUGAUGUUAUAAUGAGACUGCCAAAGCUCUGGAUUAAAUUUGGAAUUUGUUUAGUUUUUAGAGCCAAUCAAGACCAUUUUUGACUUUUGUCCCUCUUGUCUGAAAUCAUUCAUCACGUUCGUCAUUGCCUGCACUCGUCCUGGCCAGCAGUUGAGGUCAGUCCCUGCAGGAAGUUGCACGCCCAAACUGGUCAUGCUCAGGUCAGGGUUCCUUUAAACCCUCAUCAGACACAAGACCACCUGUGGCUUUGUUUAAGUGUGAAACGAGCUGAGGUGAUGGAAAACAUAACAAGACCGAAAUAUGGAGCUGCUCUGCUCGCCCUCAUUUUGUGCUUUUUGCUCUGAUUCUCGUGUUGUUUUAGCACCUGCAGCUUUAUAUAAGUGUGCGUUGAGGUGACGUCGAGGAAACACUGGCUGCUUUCUCUGUGGGGACUGAUCCAAUGGGGGUUUGAGGAAAAUUCACCUGGUGUCAUGGCAGCUUCAGCUGUUAAUGUCAGCUUGAAGAACUCGCUCAUGCUGUAAUGAUGAGCAGGAACGUGAACUGAUGUUUUCCUUCUGUCACCCCUCAAACACAGUCAAGGCUCUAUUGCAUUUCUUUGCAGGGUUUCAUAACUCUUCUGGUGGGUUUAUCCCCACAUCCUCAUAUUAAUAUAACUCACUAAACACUUUUUUGGAGUGAAAACACCACCAAUGACAGAUACGCAGGAUUACUGGUUUGCUUGUACAUCAUUUCUUGGCAGAAUCGCACAGAAAAAUCAGUCAUGUAUUUACCCUUUCAUUCUCUCUGACUCUGACUGUCACUUCUCUCUCAAUAUGCUUUGAGUCUUACAAGUCGUGUAUGUUUCUCCUGCUUAUCUUUCUUUCUGCACUGGGUUUCCCAACCUCAGACCAUACUCCCGCCUGUCAUCGCCUUAAACUCGCUCAUUUUUCAUUUCACCAACGCUGGGUUUUUACUAGCCGAGUUUUGAUAAAGUGAAACAGGUUUAAAUUGGACAUGUGGUUGAGGGAAAGCAACAAAAGUUUCCGUUUUGCAACUGAUCCAGACAAAAUUUUAAGAUUCUUUCCUGUAGUUAAAGGAGCAUUUCACUGAUUUUUGUCAUGAAGUUUAGUUUUCCUCACAGUUGCUGGAGAAGCUUUUUACACUUUGAAUUUUAAAAUGUGUGAAACUCAGAGAAAUGUGUUUUAGUUUGAAAGGUUCAAAGUCAUGUGACUGGAAUUGUAAUUUUUCUCACAUAAAGUUUUUAAAAACAUGAAAAAUUUUGAGGUCAGGUAACUUUUUGGCAGACGUUGCCUCACGCUGAAUUCAGUCAUUAGUCUCAAUAUGUGGGUGUUUUGAGAUGCUGUGUUCGACUUCGAGUUUUGCCCAUCUGCUGUGAUUUGUUUGUUUCGUUUUCAACAUUGUUUUGAUUUUCUUAUCCUAGUUUAACACUGUUGAAGUGAUUCACGUCUAAGUCUGAUAACAGCUCGAGCUGAACACGACUAUAAAUGUGUGAAAGUCAGAUCUUUGUUUGCAUUUCAGCUAAUUCCUUUCCCCUGCAUUUCCCACUCAGAGGAUAUGCUUGGAUUCAACCCUUCGUUUUUGUUGUAUAAUAGUGUGAAAAAGGCUGGUGUACUCGUUUAAGAAACUGAAGUUCUGUGGUUCUGGUCCCAAAGUUAAACUUUUUGUACUUUUAGAGCCAAAAUAACUAAUGAAGACAGUGUCAAAAUAUGAGUCUUUGUCAUGGCUAACACAACGGGUGAGGCAUGAAAAAGAAAUUCUCAGUUUGAAGAUUUAUUUGACCAAAAAGACAUUCAUGGAAAUAUUUUCUUCAUGCCAGGACCUUCAAACCUCCCAAAUGACCAUUACAUCACCGAUCAUCUCAAACUGUUCAGUCAAAUCCUCCUCCUCCGAGUUAGAAACCCUGUGCCAAAUCCUGAUCAACAACCCGCAAAUCCCCCUCUCAUCUGACCACUUUCUCAACUUGAUGAACUUCUCUUCUUUGUUUUCAGGACCAUCUCCUACUUCCUGCCACCAGCCACAACAAGGGGAGCCGACCCAAGAUGUCUGUGGUGUUGCCAGCCAUGAACAUAAACGGUAUGCGCUGCAGCACAAACACAGCCGUUAGGGUCAUUCAGCACAGUGAAACAGAUGAGAGGCAAGCUGGGAGCGGAUUCAGAAACACGUUGCCCUACAAGAAUGCAAUAAAUGUAGCCUAACACACUUUGUAAGGAAAAGCUUCUAGGACCAAAAUAGAGCGCUCGAGCCUUUAAAGGUGAUAUUGAUCCUUUUUUCUACCUUCCUGGAUUUAACUCGGAGGGAAGUUUCUUUAUAAGCUUACUUUGCCAAAAAGUUUCUUUGACAUCUGGUGUCUUGUACGUCAAAGGUCUUUGCUCCCUCCCUCCCUUUGAGCCCUUUGAGGUUUCUGUUUUGUCCUUCAGCAUCUGAUUAUAUACUCUCUGGUACUUUUAGCAAUGCUGUGAAGUGUCUGCACAGCCACUGAACACACCACACACAGACACAGAGGUUGAGAGAAUCAAGUUGUUUCCUUUUUACUUGUAAACACUUUGUUUAUAUUCUAGUGUAUUUUUAUGCACCAGCUUGUCAUGGCAUUGUCUGUAUUUUUGUGAUGGGAGACUUGUGUAAAGAGAGGAUGUCAUCUUUUUCCAUAGUUUCAACAUAAUUGCAGAGUUACAGUGUUUGGUCAAAGGUAUGCAAACAUAUGUUGUAAUAAUCAUAGAAACUAGAUGUAACCUGAUCAGAGCAGUUGGUUGGAAAAUCUCAUGAGAUCUCACCAAGACGUCCAUGAGACUGAACUGAGCCCCAGUGUGAGGCGACGCCCAUUCAAAACCAUUAAUAUUCUCCAUCAUACCAUUCCUAUGGCAUGAGGUCCAGCCAGCCAAUCAGGGGGUGGCAGUAGCUCAGGAGGAAGAGCGGUUGUCCAAUAACUGGAAGGUUGGCAGUUCAAUUCCCCCCCUAUCCCUAAUCUGUCUGUUGUGUCCUUAGGCAAGACAUUUAACCCACCUUGCUCCCAGUGUGUGUCCUCCACUGGUGUAUGAUUGUGAGUGUUGUGUGGUGGUGGUUGGAGAGGCCGUAGGAGCAAACUGGCAGCCAUGUUUGUGUCAGUCUGCUCCAGGGCAGCUGUGACUACUACAAUAAUUCAACACCACCACCAGGGUGUGACUGUGUGAGCGAAUGAAUGAAUGAAUGAUGAAUCCAAUGUAAAGCGCUUUGAGGGUCUCUGAUAAAGCACUAGAAAAAUCUGAUGCAUUAUGAUUAUUAGAAACUAGAUGGAGCUGGUCACCCCGGAAACCAGUAAAAAUAUGCACUUGUUACAUGAGCAUCACAGGUAGAUGAGCCUCUUUUGGGGACAGUACAUUACACAUCAACAUUGAAAUAACAUUCAAAGACUUUGUCUUGCACCUACCACUGACCAGUGGUUACAGACAUGAAAAAUAAUUAAUCAGAAAUGGCCACUCUUCUCUCUGAUGGUCUUGGUUUUGCUAUAUUUGGGGUCAAAGUAUGAAGUCAAUCUUAAUUUCAGUCUGAUUUAAACCUAGCUUAAAAAUCCUCACAGGAGCUUCAAAAUACAGAGCGUUUGCCAAUUUUCCAAAUUUUCUCUAUGUUUGAGAACAAUACAUCAUGUCAAUGGAAAUGUAAGUUUUUGUACUUAUACUGUAGUUCCAGACAUUUUUAAAAAAGCACAUUUCAAAAUUACUAAUUUCAAUACUGCUAUGAAACUUUGUCAUGAAAACACCUGCCUCACUUUGACAAGUGCUUGGGGACAAGUGCAAAAUCAGGCAGAGGCGGCUAAUUCAUAAUUUUAUAUGCAAGAAAAACUCUACAGAGACAAUGAGUUUAACAGUCUUUAGGCAUAAAAUGUGAUUUACAGGCUGUACAUGCAGAAUUUCUGUCCAUAUUCAUUAUCUUUUAAGUAGCUACAGGCUCUUUUUGAGGUUGUAGGAAAGGCUCAUCUAAAGUGCUUCUCCCCUCAUGGAGAAGACAGUCAGUGUCCACAGCAUGUCAGAGUGAAUGUCAGUCAGAGUGCACUUAGCAUGCAGUUUUAGGGGGGUGAGGGGCUUUCAUAAGCCAAUUAAGAGAGCUAUCAGCCACUUUUUGACAACUUCUAAAACAAACUCAUCCAAGAAUUUGAGCAUGGAUGCACAAAAGGAACGCCUCAGUAUCAGAGGACACUAUUGGCAAAACUUUGGACUUCCACUGGCACAUUUUCGCCUUGUUGUUUUUCAAUGAAUAGUUGAAACAGAUGUUUUUACUUUUAUUUCCACGAGCUUAUCCUAGCUUCUAUCUGUGGCCCUUUCAUGCACAAGAUUAUUCAACAGGUGAGUCAAAGUCAGGUCAUCAGAUAUUUCAGCGGAAAGAAUUUCUCUAUGGCAAGAACUUGAACUGUAACUUUCAGGUGAAUUGAUUUUCAUCAAGCCUGCAGGACAGCGAACUGACAGGAAGUCGAAUCAAGAGGGAUUGUGUUUACACAAGGCGUGAGCAAUUAGGAAGACAGCUUGUUGUUGUUGUUGGCUGUUAACCUGGCACUUUUAUCUGAGAUCCUCUUGUUCUUCUGUUACCUCCCCAUCCUGUGAUUUGAUUAGUGCUUCAGGCUGCUCAGAGAGGAGUGAGUCAGUGAAAUCUGAGCCUCUUACUCAGCAGGGAUGACAUGGCCAUUGGGAAAUCACUUUUUUUUGUCCUUGGGAGGGUGGUGUUCGAGAUGAAGAUUGAUGAAGGUAAACAUUGUUCUUGGUUGGUCUUGUCAGGGAGGAAUGUUAAGGUCCAUGCUGGUCAGAUGGCCCUUUGAAAUAGCAGCAAAUAGUGAAAUCCAAGACCUCUUUUUCAGCUAAUCGUUGAAAUGGCCAAACAAAGGUGGCUUUCAGGGGGAGAUAUCAGGGUCUUGAAGGAUUCUUGUUAGCUGAGGGAAAGAGUCUUGAAUUUGCAUGACCUGUCAUGGACACCUGUGGGCAAUUUAAAAACGCACAACUUUGAGAUCUUCCGUGCUUGUUGCAAAAGUCUGUGCUUGCAUAUAAAGUCUUCACUGGUCCAUGUGGUAUCUCUUAAGGGGAGGACUGACACCAGCUUUAUAUUAGCACAUUAGCAGUAGCUUCAGUUUCAGAUGCCCCGCUUGCUCAUCCUGGUAAUCCUCACUGACCUGACAGCAACAAUGUCGUUAAAAAGCGAGCCAACAGAUGCUGACAAAUCAAAGAGAGUGCGGGUGAUUCCCUAGUAGCACAAAACCGGCCCGGCCCUCCCUACCUCCCUUCUGUUUAAAGCCCCAUAUGUCACACAGAUGACAACUCCCAAGUAGUGCUUCAGAUUUGUAUCGUCUUUGUUCAAUCUUUGAACUGAUUAAGUGCAAAUGUACACAUUAAGUUGGGCGUGACUCUCAGCAGAGCAGAAACACUGCUGUCGCACGAUGAUGGGUAAUUCUUUCCAGCUCCCAGUUGCUGCUCUCCAUUUGGAAUGCCUUUCUCCUUCAGUCUCUUAAAUGGUUUCAUCUGGAGGAGGUGGAUCGACUCUGUUAAUCCUGAGUGAGCGUUUGGUCUGUCCUGGUCAAUAACUGAACUUGGAAGAUAGAGACUUUGAUGUUAGCCAUCGUCUCUUUCUGUCUUGCUGCGCUUCCACGGUUCAGGGGUUCUGUUAAAGUUACUUAACCUUGACGCUCUUGAUCAUCCCUGAAAACGUGAGCAGCUGAGCAGAGGCUCCUCGAAAGGACUGAAAGGAGUGUUUAUUUAAUUUACCCGCGAGUUUGAAAGUAGCUCAAUCAAGUGAAAGCGACAUGUUUUGGGGAAGGGAAUGUUUUCGAGAUUACAUCAUUUACAGGUGGACCGACUGCGGCUGAUGCUCUGCAGUCUAUUUUUACUUCUCUAAGAUUAUACAUGUGCACUGAAGCAACAGGCUGCUUUCACAGGGGGCUCCAGUUAGAAGUGCACACCACUAAAGGAGCAGAGGAUCAGAUUUUCCUUGUCUUAACUAAAUAAAUAUACCCAUCAGUGCUCUGAAAGCAGUGUGCACUGAGCAAAACAAAUAUGUAACCUUAACCAGAUUUUAACUUUUAUUUUUGGCCCUCUAGCGCUUGGAUCAGCAUGUAAAUUGACUAAUGCGAAAUGCCAACAGAGACAUUGAAAAUCCCUAACCUACCAAAUAUUAACGGUGCUGAUAAUAAAGGUGCAAAUAAGCACAAAGCAGUGUUGUUAAUGUGAUGGUAGACCCUCUAAUAAGACCCUUGACUAAUGUCCUCAUGAUAAAACUUUACAUUAUUCUAUUAUUGUUCCAGUGCCACUGUAAAUGCACUCAGUCAUUAAAAAUGUUCAGUAAUAUGCAUCCUUAGUCAGCUGCCUUAAGCUGGUAGAGUUAUUAUCUUAAGUGAAUGCUUAUAUAACCCCAAAUACUAUUACACCUUCAUUUAUUUUACUGGCUUGUAUCACCUUUAAUUCAACUUUCAGUUUAAGAGUUUUAUUGAUUUGUUUAUCUCGAGUUUCUCUUUUAUGAAAGUAUUUGCACACACAAGUAACUGGAUCAACUGCAUCAAGAAAAUAAAAUACAAGAGCUGUAUAAAAAGACUGUUAAAAGUACCACCAAUAAGAGUAAAUUAGACUAAAAGUGAGAAUAAAUUGCCUCCUUUCUCGUCUAUAAUCAACAUUCCUCAUGAACAUGUCCACAGAGUUCGUGCCAGCCCGGCAGCUUAAAUCCUUCCAGGAUGCACUCUCAGGUUACCUCAGCUGCGUCUCUGCCAGACAGGAGAGUUUUAUCAGUGCACACCAGCUCAGUGUGUCGCUGGAACUUUCUGGAAGGUCUCCAGAUGGCACCAGUAAAAGCAGGAAGGGGAUCAUGUAAGAGCAGGAUGGUAGAUUUGGCAGCUUCUUCAAAGAGCUGCUGUUUAAAGUUUGGCCUCGUGGCUGUGUGUGUUUUUGUGCUUCCUGUUUAACUGUUCAGGCUGCUCAUGCAGUUGGCUGAAUAGACUCAAGACAUGGUGGUAAUUCAGUGCAGGGGAUGAACACAUGUCUCCAAAUUGGAUGAUUUUUCAGUGAUGCCUCUUAAAUUUUAGUAAUUGUUCAGUAAUUAUUGGACACUUAAAAAGUGAUCAAAGGUAUUGGACGGUAAUUUUGUCUUGUAAAGGAAAAGAUAGAUCUUCCAAUGUAAUUUUGUCUUGUAAAGGAAAAGAUAGAUCUUUUAAUUUAUUAAUAUUAUGGCAAGCUCUUGAUUUAAUGUCAGUUUUAUCUCUGGUUUGGUCUCCACCAGCUCCUGAGUCAAAUGUCAGGUCUACAGCUGGUAAUUCUGAAGGAAAAACCUAAUUCUGGGGCUGCUGUGGCUCAGUGGUUAAGUGAGUUGUCUCUCAGAUAGAGGCUUGGUUGUUCAAAUCUCAGCUCCCUCAGUUACAUGUCUGCUUUGUUGAUUUUCUUUUUUAUAAAUUUGCCUCGGUUGUUGGCUGCAUUGUCCCUUUUAGCAACUUUGCUCGUAACAAUAAGUUAACACUGGUCUAAUGCUGUGUUUGAGUUACCUUGGAAGUCAGAGCUGAAAAUGACGUCACACCCGAGUUCCCAGCAUUUCAGUAUCCCAGUUGGAAAAAAGCAAAAUCGGAGGCGGAAACAAGAUGGCUAUAUCUAUGACAGUUAUUAUCGCGCUUGCCCUGUCCCAAUAUAACAUCUUGUUUCCGCCUCCACUUUUGCUUUUUUCCAACUUGGUAACUGAAAUGCUGGUAACUCGGGUGUGACGUCAUUUUAACCUCGACCUCUGACUUCCAAGGUAACUCGAACGCAGCAUAAAUCACAAAGGGUACACUGCUUUACAAAUAAGCUGUCACCUGUUGCUAUGACAACUGACAACAGAAUAUAAGACGAUCCCACUUUUUUUCAGAUGUAUUUUGGGGCAAAAAAAACUCUCUAGGGAUCAAUACAGUGCCCCCUUCAGUCAGAGACAUUUUCUUACAUGUACUCUAUAAAUUACUCACACGCCAUUUUUCUAUUAUCCGCUACCUUCUGUUGAAUUUCACUGGUUUAAAAUGAGUUAAGUGGUGGUUAUGUCAUAGCACAUUGUUAAGCUGAGCUGAAGGCUGUACUGUAAAGUAAUGACAGGACCUUGAACAGAGUGGGGGGAAAAAAUACUUGUGAUCUCAUCAAGCUGUAUGCAGCUACACGCAGAAUACAUUUCCAGCUCUGCUUCAUAUAGAAGGCUAAUUUGAAUUAAACAUAGCAUGAGAAAGGGUAAACUCCUUACUCAGAGGAUAAUUUCCCCAGAUAUCUCUUUAGACAAUAAAGCAAAAUUCCAGUUUCUCCACAAGUACAAAGAAAGACGCUGAGCAGCAGAUGAAGUCAUACUCAUCACAAUGUCUUCAGUCUAUUUAAUGAUAUAAACACACAUGGAGUCUUCCGGCUGCAGAGAAGGCUAUUGUAUUGUGACUGCACCAUCUGAUAAGCUCUCUCUGCCUCCACCAACGAUUAAAUCUGCAGAGAGCCAGACAAAGCUGAUGUCUUGCACAGGUGUUUGGAAAAAGAAGCAGCUUUUAAACAACUUGCAGCUCCCUGAGGUAUUUUAAAGACACCUACAGCUUCUUUUCUGGGUCAUACACCAGCACACGUAGCAGACUCUGAUGUGUUGGACUUCUGUGCUCCAUGUGGAGUACGUAACUAUCAUCUUGAAUCUCUCAAGAAUAGUCAAAGUCAGCCAGACGUUUCAAAGAUGUCUGUUAAUGUAAAUACAAAGUAGGGUCCCUCAAUUUGUUGAUAUAUGAGCUUCUUCUUGUAAAAAAAAAAAAAAGGGUACAAGCUUGUCCACUUUAGAGGAUGCUCUUCCCUCCGCCUGAGCAAAGUUAGACUGUGGGAGACCACAGACCAUGAACCACACCAUUGUGUAGAGUCCAAAUACUUUUUUCCAAAUUUGAAUUUCCCAAGAUAAGUCCAGUGUAAUUACUCUGUAGGUCAAACCCUCAAAGGCUGACUUUGUGAAGCUGUUUUGAUAAGGAGCUUCAGUUCAUCAUCAUCAUACUGUACACCAUCUGCGCUCUGUUGUUGCAGUCUCAGGGGUUUUUCCAAACACAAAGGCCUGACUCAUCAACAUUGAUCCCAUUCGCUCCUUCAAUCUUGCCAGAGCUUUUCCUUUUUUUUAUUUCUCAGCUGAACACAAGAUGCCUGAAGGAUCUUGACUCAUCUUUUGUGAUUUCUCUUCCUUGUUUCCUGGUCCAGUUUUCUCCUCUUAAAAGUGCAAGUCCUGCUCUUGUUUAGAGCUGUUUUGUUUAUAUCCAUGAUGGAGAAAUCCAGUGUGACUCACCUCUGGACUCCAUCUGUUGUUCAGCCUCCACCAGAGCUCGCUGCGGUUCUCAGGCCCCCAACCGCCUCAAACAAUAACCCUUGUUAUGAUCCCAAAUAUACUUAAAUCAUGCCUUACUGCAGCAAGCUAGACAAAAGUCCACCAGUGAUAACACUAAUGAGUACUGUUUCUGGAGCAGGAUUGAUGUCCUGGGUUGAUUUAAACAACUUGCCAUGAUAUAAAUGUGCUAGUCAUUGUUGAAGUUUACUGUAUAACUCAGUAAGACCAAACCUAACAAGCCUCUGCUCUGGUUUUUGUGAUUACAGACAGCAUCAUAAGAGACGAAGACUACGAGGUGAUGAUGCAGAUCGACUGUGAAGUGACAGACACCAGGAUCCUCCACAUCAGGUCCUCCACGAUCCCACCUUUGCUGAAGGUCAACCACACAGACACAUUUUACCAGCACUCUCCCUCUGACAACCAGGCCACGCCUCCUGUCGGCGUGCUAAUGGGGUCUGCUUAAGAUCAUCGGCAGCACCAGGAUUCUUGAAAACCCCCCCAGUAAAAACUCAUGAAGACAAACAGAACACAAGACCUCAGUUAUUUUUUGAAGUAUGUGUGUGUGUGUUUUAAAUGUUGUGACUUUUUGAUUGUGCUAAAGAUUCGAAUGACGACUAGUCAUUCAAAAACACACCGAUAGGGUCAGCACUAUCACUGUCAGCACUAGUCAGCCACAUUCCAUAUUAGGAGCUAAUAUCCGGAGGUAUUCUGUAAUAGGGUUCGAGCAGAUGCUAGCUCCUUGUGUGGCAACAUUGACUUCUCCCUGUAACCCCAGACAGCCUACAGAAGGGUAAUUGCUUAGCGGCAGGGUGCCGAGCAUUGAACCCUGAGUCACCCCUUCAUAACACAAAUACUUUUACCCAAGAGCAACUCUUCUGAAGUCAGCCCUCUCUUUUUUAGAUUUUAAUUUUGGGACGGUCUGCAAAGCCAGAGCAAAACUGAAAGUGAUUUUACAACUAAAGUUACUAAUAUAAAAAUGAUCCAUGUGUGAUAUCAAUGUGUAAGAAGCACAAAAGAGGCUGUGUUUGUGUAAUAGCAGGAUAAUGGAGUUAUCACCUUAUCAAAUAUUUAUUGCCUCACUGAAAUCAAUAUUUGUGACAUCGUAACUGAUUUCAUGCAGCCAAACAGGCAUUCACCAAUCUCAGGAAGUCAGGUUAUAUGUGGAAGCUAGCAGACUUGGUUUGAUGGUUUCCUAAAUUUCAGGUCCUUAGUUUUUAGAAUUGUAUUGAUAAAGAAUUUGUUUUUUAAUGUUUUUUUUCUGGAAGGGUAAAGGGUGAAGGAAAAAUGGGGGUCUUAACACUGUGCUUCUCAAGUAAAAAUGAUAAUUAGGUAGUCUGCAUAUUUAUUUGUUGCAAAAUAUAACAGUAAUGCCAACGUCUGUGGUUUAAGGCAAUUCACUCAGUUCUAGUAUAACAUUACUCCAGCUUACAUGUGUUUUUUCCUCCAGCUGUCUCUGUUUGUUCAAUUGGGAUUUUUAAAUAGACCACCCAAAACUAAAUGAUGAAUUGGAUUUAUACAGGGGUGUGUCCAGGGGUGACAUAGGCCACCAUUGAAUUUUGGAUGACCAUCCCAGGUGCCACCCAAAAAAUCGUAACCUUUUGUUAGCUGCUUGCCUUAUAACAGGUAGUACUCAUGUUAAUGUGUAUGUCAAAACAAACUGUGUUGUGGACUGCUAGAAGACUUUUUUCUUGCAUUUAGAUAAAGCAAAUUCUAUUUUUGUGGUACUUUUAAUUCGAGAAAAACACUUUGUGGCUUUGCUGUGCAUAGGAACACAACCAUCAAAAAAUACAAGCAAACUUUGUUACAUUUUCAGUUAGAAAUAUUUGAAUUAGCAACAGUCUGACUGUGCCAAAAUGUCGCCAAAUUUUAUUUUCGACACACAUCUCUCCUUUGAGUGAAUUGAGGUUCAGCUAAAUGUUGCUGGUCUGUUAUUUUUAUUAGUAUAAAAAUUGUCGUGACAUUCAUAUGAUAUUUAAAAGCUCCUCUAAGGAGCUCUUUAAUGUUUAUUAAAAAGAAGACUGACUUCAUAUUAAUGACUUUACAAUGAUAUGCAAAGCAAACGACCACUAGCAACAAGAUUAAUUAUUUUUUAUGUUUGUAUUUUUAUAAUGUUAAUGCCUUAAACCAUUGUGAGGGGGAAGCGAAGCAGCCGAAGAAACUGUCCUGUUUUUAUAAUUUCCACAUGAAAUACAACAAAUGACACAUUGGACUGACAAAAGUCGGCAGGUUGUAACUUUUUGUGUUUGAAGUCACUGGAAUUGACACAAACCAAAACCUCCUUACACAAGCUUUUGUGUUAGCAAUUUAAGUAGAAGUUGAUAAGUGGAGACAAAAAAAAAACAAAACAUUUUUGUGUGUAUGAAGACAUACUUCAUGCCACCCCUGCAUAAGUCAGUGCCCCCCAUUCAAAAGUGUCUGGACACGCCCCUGGAUGGUGGUUUGGAGUUAAGCACUCAAUAGUUGUGCUGGGAGAUUUCUUUAAUUUAAAUUUGGCCAUCCUGGACUCUCAUGUCCCAGAAACAGCAUCUUCAUCAACUGAGCUGAGAAGGUUGACAUUUGAAAAGUCACUACUGUUGAAAGUUUGAGUCCUGACUUCUCCGUCCACCAGCUAAAAUGCAAUUGUGUUUGGUGCACUGAAGCCUGUAUUGAACAAUAAUUUGUUUUUAUAAAGUUGCACUCUAAAUUUAGAAUCAAUUGUGGCUUUAAAUGCUUGUAAUGAUCUAUCUGUAACAUAGUUUUCACUACUUGCAAUCGGGAGCUGAAAGUCUUAUAACAUAAAUUAUUCAUCAUUAGAAUGAGUUAAUUCAUGCCUAUAUAAAGAAAUAUAAAAUAUAUAUACACACUUAUUUUUUGUUUGGGUCUAAAAAUGUAUUUUAUUUUGAUAUUGUACAGAUGACUGUGUUUGAGCUCAAGUGAUGUUCAUAAAAGUACUUCUAAAGAUAACAGACCACUUGCCAGAGUUUCUAAGCCAGGCUUUUCCUGUGGGUGAUUUUUUUUCCCUUCAGUUUUCAAGAACAUAUUCUGUCCUCCACACUGUUCUCACUGCCUUCAAACAUUACCUAGAGACAACAUUAGAGUCCCUGUGAGGUUGUUUUUUGUAUUUUGUUAUGUGCAUACACCAAAAUAAACACUGGAUUUUGUCUAAUUAUAAA